GCUGCGAACUCGGAAGACGCCCCUCUGCUCCUACUGUCUCGCCUCCCCCUGUUCCUCGCUCGCGGCGGCCUCGGCCUCGGCUUCCCCGCCGGCGAGCGAUGGAGCGGCGGUCCUCCGUCCGCUUCUCUCCCUCCGAGAUUGCAAGGAUGGAGAAGUUGGCUGCAGACAGAAAAGAGCGAGUCUUUGAUGGUAAUUUCUGCCAGAUGCUUGCAGGAGAAUUUAAUCGGUCUGCAGGUCGAGCUGGAAGUAGAGCAUUACAGGCUACACAGGUUCAAGAAUGGUUCCUUAAUAAGUUUCCUGCAGCAACCACUAAACCUACUUGCUUGCCUACUGCUUCCCAAGAAAAGGCUUUAGCCUCAGAAGUAAAUGUGUCAGUUUCUGAAGAAAAGGCUGCUGCAUCUGAAGAAAAGGCUGCAGCUUCUGAAGGAAAACUUUUAGCUCCUGAUACAAGUAUUUCAAACAACGAGGAUGAGGUUUCUCAUGAUUUUCCCAUAGAAACUAGAGAUAAGGUUCCUGAACUUGAAGAGCUGGAGUUUGAGGCUAAAUCAGCAAAAGAUUCUGCUUGGUACGACAUUGCCAUUUUCUUGGCACACAGGAGGAACAAGUUGGGUGAAGUAGAAGUCCGGGUGAGGUACGAGGGCUUUGGGGCUGAUGAGGAUGAGUGGGUGAAUGUCAAGAAGUCUAUCCGUCAGCGCUCCAUUCCACUGGAGUCCUCACAGUGUAGAAACAUUGUCGAAGGCGAUCUUGUCCUCUGCUUCAGGGAGGGAAACGAAGAAGCAUUGCAUUUCGAUGCGCAUGUUCUGGAAAUUCAGCGGAAGCAGCAUGAUAUUAGGGGAUGCAGAUGUGUAUUCCUUGUCGAAUAUGAUCAUGAUCAAGUUCAGGAGAGGGUGAGCCUGAGAAGAUUGUCCCGGCGGCCAAAGUACUUCUGAAGGCCCCUGUUAUCUCUGAUGCAACUAACUGGAACGGCAAACCUAGCUAGGGAAUGAACUCUGUUCCGUUCUUAUGGGUGUGUAGUAACAUCUGGGAGCAAGCAUACGUUUCCAUCCUCUUUGGCACAGAGCUGCUGUAAUGGCUGUUUGGUAGGUUCGUUGACGGCUGAAUUUUAACAUUUUUGGUGCAAAAGAAGGGAGAGUACGGCUUCAACACCCGGUAUA